AUGGGAGCUAAAGAAGCCAAACUCAAGGAACAGUUUUUGUUUGCUAUUGUAGCUAAUAAAGAGGGAGAUGUCGCAAAUUUCCUAAAGAAAUACCCAGAUUUUGUGAAUACUUCGCUAGUAGAGGAGACGACCAAUCCAAUAUGCAGAGCAGCCUAUCUAGGCUAUCCAAAGCUCUGUUCUUUGCUUUUAAAAUACGGAGCAGACAUCAAUCUAAGAUCUUCAGAUGGCAGAACUCCACUGAUGUGGGGUGCUUUUAGAAACAACCCUAAGAUGUGUGAAUUCUUACUAGACAACGGAGCUGAUCUAACCCUAGAGGACAAUCAUGGCUGGAAUGCAUUGGACAUUGCAAUCAUCAGAAUGAAUUACGAUGCUGCUCUAUCACUUAGAAGACGCGGCUUAUUACCUCGUGAGAAGGAGAUAUAUGAAAAUUAACUCUUCUAGAAAUACGACAUUGAGAUGUUUCUGACUUUUCUAGCAGAGGAUAGAGAGAAUGUAGAGUACAAGCGUUUCUUUGACCUUAUCAAAAAGCAAUAAGAAGAAUGGCUGAAUAAAGACUUAGUCGUGGAUCCCCGUGAAAGCUGGAAGCAGUUCUUUAAAAGACAGCUUAACUUUGAAGACCCACCAAUGAUUCCAAGAGAGGACUUGCCUGAGCAGAAUCAACCACACAGGUCAUUUUAUGGAAAGUUGUCUUGCUUCUUAAAUAAUGUUGACCCAUAUCCUCCCAAGCCCAGAGACUAUGGAAACCCAAUGAAUAACGAUAACUCAAUCUCUGCCAAUACUCCAUUGAACGAUUUGAAGAUAAUAAAAUCUAAAGCCAAUGAGUAAAAUUCUCAUGUUGAGAAUAAAACAGUAAUCAACAUUCAAGAGGAGUUUAGAAAUAUUCCCCUAGGGACAAAUAACGACCAGGUUUAUACAUUUCACAAUGAUGUAGAUGAUGACGGCAGAUUUGCGAUAAAUGGAGGUAUCAUAGUUGAGAGUGACAUUCAGAGACAAUCUCUGCUGCUAGAUGAUAAGAGUCCUAAUAACAGAGAUCAUAUUUUGAAAAAAUCCUAUGGGAGCAAGAAUAACAAUACGCAUGAAAAUAAUAAUGAUAAGGUUGGUUAAAUAGAAAAUAACGAGGAAGAGGAAAAAGCCUUGGAAAAUGAGCGAGUUAUGUCCCCAAAGUCAUUCACUCCUCUCCGCUAUUAGUUCAGCUCAAGACAGCAUAGUAAUGCUACAGCAUAUUAUGCCUUUAAAAAGAAGCAGAAGACUUUGAAUGAGUUUCAUAUGACUUUCAAGGACAACGAGUUGACUAAGUUGUUACUGAAGGAAAAAGAGGACAAGCAGUAGCUACGAUUGCAAGACAAUCUCAAACUAAUGAAUUCUAGUUCCUACAUCAACAACACAAGGGCACUUGGCAAGAAAUUCAAGCACACCAGAAAUUUGACAAGAGUAGAGAAACUAUCUAAUGAUGAUCUUUAAACUUUUUUAAGUCCUUCUGCUGCUUCGAACAAUGUUGUAGCAAGCAUCAACCAUACCUAUCAAGAUUACCCUAUGGAUUACUAGAGCAACAUAUAACAGAUAUAUUCACCUUCCUCAAUGGACAUAAGAUCUAAGAAUAAUUUGAAUAAAUUGAAGAAUAUUGUCGAGUAAAAAAACUUCCAUGAAACCUAAGGCCAGAAAUUUUUCACAAAAUAACCAUUAAAAGCAAAGUCUCCUGGCAAGGAAAUGCUCAAAACUAAUUUCUUUAACCCUGAAAAAGCUGCUAACUUCAAGAUAUAAGCUCUAGUACCAUCAAAUUACCUAUAGGAUAGGAAAGAUCACUUUGAUGCAGUCAACUAACUGUAUAGUAGAAGACUUCAAAGCAAUAUCCAAUUAUUCAAUAAAAAAAGAGUUGCUUUUACUAAGGAUAAUAGUAAUGAGCGACUAAGUAAUUGCAAUUCUAAUGAGUUUAUGCUACUAGGCUAGAGCUUUUACAAUAGUCUCAAAGGCAUAGGAAAUAUAAACGGAAUCAAUCGUCGAAAUAAGGGGGAUUUAAAGUAAACUCAAUUUAGGAUCGAGGGCUAAACUAUUAAUGGCAGCAGUAUUGAUGAAGGCAAAAAUAUGAAGAAGAAUGAAAGUGGUGAUUUUGAACAGUGGAAUGUAUCCAUGCAGGACGAUGUAUCAAUUAUGGAAAGAAGUAAUCUAAGCUAAAGUAGGCAUACCCCUUUUAGAAAAGAGUCAUAAUUUAUAUAGUAUUAAUAAGAACAAAGGUCAAUUUCGUGA